UUUUAUAAUAUUUAUAAUAUGCCGGAGUUUAAGAAGCCCCAUACCUACUCCUACUAUGAUUACAUUCAUAAGUACUCGAGUAGGUUCCUGAACAAGCAUCAGGCACAAACUUACUGGAGAACUCAGAGAGGAACCAGCUUUAUUGAGAUGCUCAGACUUAAGUCAUGGAGAAUGAAGGGAAAUAGAAACUGGUUCUGGCUCGACUUAAGGCUUGGUGCCAAAUGGCACACAAUGAUCUAUCUCCCACUCUUCUUCUUCGUUACAUUCUCUUAUGCUCUUACUCCAGCCUGGAGAAGAAUUGAUGAGAGAUACCACUUGAGAUAUGGAGAUGGUGAGGAUGAUGAUAUUGAAGACGUCGAACCUUUCGUCAAAUAUCAAUCAAGAAAGAGACCAUAUACCAGAAGAAAGUAUGCAGAUGCUAUCAAGAUCUGCUAUGAAGGAAAAGAAGAUUUUGAUUAUGCCUCAGAACAGCCAUUAAGAUACAGAUAAACAUUAUGUUCUCAGCUUCUUGAUAAAGUCUUUACUAUGCUUUAAAAUUU